UGAAAGUAAACAGAGAAAAGAGAAGCAAGCACACACACUGACACACUGACAAAGUGAUAAUGACACCAAACCCCCCAUUUCUCAAUCGCAAAUCGUACUUUCCUCAUUUUUUUCUUCGCAUAUACCAAUCGCUUCUGAUUCCAAUUUCAUUCUAUUUGAAUCUGCAUUAACUACCGAAGGGACUGAGAAAUUGAGAUUGUUCUGUGUCUUGUUUUCCACGGGUUUAGCAUUUUCUCCAUUUAAUUUACUUUAUUAUCAGUUAUUAUUAUUUUGGGCUAAAUUAUUAAAUUGAGCUUCUCAUGUCGAUUGUUAAUUUUGACUGAUUGGGUGCUUCCCUUCUGAUACACUCUUUUGCUUUUCCGUUUCGAAAUUUGUCCUUCCGAAUCGUAGAUUGUGAGCAAAACCACUGAUCAGAUACAUACUAUUAUUUGAUUUGAAUUGAAAUUGAGGACUUGGUUGAAGAGGAAGAGAGAAAUGGCUAACAAUGCAGCAGCAUGUGCUGAGAGGGCAACUAGUGAUAUGCUGAUUGGUCCUGAUUGGGCAAUUAACAUAGAGUUGUGCGAUGUCAUUAACAUGGACCCCAAGCAAGCAAAGGAUGCAUUGAAGAUACUCAAGAAGCGUUUGAGCAGUAAAAAUCCCAAAAUACAACUUCUGGCUCUUUUUGCAGUGGAGACCGUUAGUAAAAAUUGUGGUGAAAGUGUAUUUCAGCAGAUCAUUGAGCGGGAUAUCUUACAUGAAAUGGUUAAGAUAGUGAAGAAGAAGCCGGACUUAAAUGUGAGGGAAAAGAUACUGAUUUUGAUUGAUACUUGGCAAGAAGCUUUGGGGGGACCAGGUGGAAGGUAUCCCCAAUACCAUGCAGCGUAUAAUGAAUUGAAGUCUGCUGGAGUUGAAUUUCCACCACGAGAAGAGAGUAGUGUUCCUUUCUUCACCCCUCCUGAAACCCAGCCAGUUGUUCAUCUUGCUGAUGCAGAAUAUGAUGAUGCUGCUAUUCAGGCUUCUCUUCAGUCUGAUGCAUCUGACCUUAGUUUGCUAGAGAUUCAGAAUGCUCAGGGACUAGCAGAUGUUUUGACUGAAAUGCUUAAUGCCUUGGAUCCUAAAAAUCCUGAGGGUGUGAAGCAGGAAGUGAUUGUUGACCUUGUUGAUCAGUGCGGUUCUUACCAAAAGCGUGUUAUGCUUCUUGUGAAUGAUACUACGGAUGAGCAGCUUUUAGGUCAGGGAUUGGCACUGAAUGACAGUCUUCAGCGAGUACUAUGUCGACAUGAUGAUAUUGUAAAAGGAACUCCUGAUACAGGCACAAUAGGAACAGAAACAUCAGUUCUGCCUCUUGCAAAUGUAAAUCAUGAGGAUGAUGAAUCAGAAGAUGAUUUUGCCCAACUAGCUCAUAGGUCAUCACGAGAUACUCAUGCACAGAACCGUAAACCAGCCAACGACAACUCAGAACCAGCGCGAGUAAACCCAAUUCUUCCCCCACCACCAGCACCGAGGAAACCAGUCUUCUCUGACUCUGGUAUGAUUGACUACCUCAGUGGUGAUGCAUACAAAACACAAGAAUCCCAUGAUAACUCUGAACCAACUUCAUAUGUUGUGCCCCUUCAUUCUAGCCCUACUCCUGCCUCAACAACCCCUGAAACAGUGUCUUCCUCAUCCCCUCCUCAUGCCAUGAGUACCUCAUCACCAAUUUUUAGCAGACAGCCUGUAUAUGAUGAACCAUCUCCCAUCAACAAAUCUUCAGAAAGCCUUCCUUCAGUUCCUUGGGACACACAAUCUCCAGGCAUCCUUCCGCCCCCACCUUCAAGGUAUAAUCAGAGGCAGCAGUUUUUUGAGCAACAAGUUGUGUCUCAUUCAAGUAGUGGGUCCAGUUCAUCGAAUGACAGCUUGUUGGGUCACACUCAGAAUCUCUCUCUGAAUUCAUCUACUCAAACCAAACAAGAGAAGCCAGAAGAUGCCCUUUUCAAAGAUCUAGUUGACUUUGCAAAAUCCAAAACCUCAUCAUCUUCCAAACCUAGUGGGCCAUCUUGAGAGAUUGUUUUUGUAUUACUUAUGGAGGUGAAGCUUAUGAAUGUUGUUCGUCAGGUUUUGUUUCAGAUCACUCAGAUGACCAUUUUAUGGUGGUCUUUAGUAACUUUUGAGGAUGAUUUGUCCAUGUGUGUGCCUGGUUUAACCAAUACGUUGCUGCAUAUAUUGCAUAUAUUUAUGUAUAUUGCUCAUAUUGAUUGUUAGCUCGUGUUUUUAAUAACAUCCGAUUCUU